AAACUGAGGCUGGGGAGGAGCGGUCCGGACUGGGAUCUAGGUCUGAAUGUUUCCAAGCCAGCUCUUAAUCACUGCCACGGGGGAGGUGGUGGGGCUCAGGCCCCCUACUCUCCGAGAGGGGCAUUUUUAGUCCUCCACGAUCCUGGGAACAGUGGAGUCUGGCUGCUCUGAUGCACGUCCGGGAGAUAAGGGGGUAGGUUGCUGGAGUCCACACUAGCCAGUUUCCGGGGUAUCGCUUACCGGGAUUUUCCCGGUGCUUCAACUUGCCUGGCUGUCGCCUACAUUCCCUGCCCCUCCCGGAAUCGACUCAUCGCGUCGCCAUCCACCCUGGUACCCCGGGAGCCGUCGGCUCUUGAGGAAUUGGAAAUUUCGUGACGCUCCCUGCCCUGGCUGCGCGGCGGGCGGGGAUGUGGGGGUGCUGGAAGGGGCUAUCGCUCAAAUGCGGGCGCUGCCUCCGCCGCAAACGGCAGGCCUCAUCGGGAGCUGGGGACUCCCGGAGGCACAGCAACUGGCGGACCGGGCGAGGGCUGGCGUCCCUACCGCCCGCCUCGAGGCUCGCCGCCCCUGCCGCCCCGCCCGUCCGCGCUGGGUGGGCGCUUCCCUCCUCUCCCUGCGACACUUUGCAGACGCUCCCCGGCGCUGGGCAUGGGCGCCGCCGCCGCCGUCGGUCCCCGGGCCCAAUUCCUCGCGCUGGUGGUGCCCCUGAGGCGCUCAGCUGCCCGAGUUCGCUGGAGGCCGCGCCAUGAAUGACCGAAACAGGAGGAGGACACGUGAGGAAGCUGGGACCUUGCUCCCAUCCCUCGGGGUCCCACCACAGCUGGGCGCAUACCUGCCCUCUCCUCCCUAGGGCUGCUGUGGUUGGGGGCUGGUCCAGGGGGUCUGGGGACUUCCCUGGGGUGAUCCCCCACACCCCUGGCUUCUCCUCUUCAGUGAAGAAGGACGAUGAGGCCUUCGAGAUUUCCAUCCCCUUCGAUGAGACGCCCCACCUAGACCCACAGAUCUUUUACAGUCUGAGCCCCUCUCGGGGAAACUUUGAGGAGCCUCCAGAGGCUGCAUCCCCUGCUGUGGCCCUGAUGAAUGGUGUUAGGGCCCAGCUGCACAUGGCCCUGGAGAGGAACUCGUGGCUGCAGAAGCGCAUUGAGGACCUAGAGGAGGAGAGGGACUUUUUGCGGUGUCAGCUGGACAAGUUUAUUUCUUCUGCUCGUAUGGAUGCAGAGGACCACUGCCGAUUGAAGCCUGGGCCCCGGCGGUCUGAGGGAGACAGCCGGGGUGGGGCUGGGGGCGAGGCCUCCGACCCUGAGUCGGCAGCCUCCUCGCUCAGUGGAGCAUCUGAAGAAGGCGGCAACAGUGAGAGGAAGAGGCAGAAGCAGAAGGGAGGCGCUGGCCGGAGGCGCUUUGGGAAGCCCAAGGCGCGGGAGAGGCAGCGUGUGAAGGAUGCCGACGGGGUCCUCUGCCGUUACAAGAAGAUACUGGGCACCUUCCAAAAGCUGAAGAGCAUGUCUCGGGCUUUUGAGCAUCACCGUGUGGACCGCAACACGGUGGCACUGACCACGCCCAUCGCGGAGCUGCUCAUCGUGGCUCCUGAGAAGCUGGCCGAGGUGGGCGAGUUCGACCCUUCCAAGGAACGUCUGCUCGAGUAUUCGCGCCGCUGCUUCCUGGCCCUGGACGAUGAGACCCUCAAGAAGGAGAGGGGCACUGUCCAUACCCCGGCCCAGGCCCUCAACCCCGAGGAGAGGCUGGCUGGCCCUGUCUGCCCUGCCACCAAGGAGCUCCCCACCCGCAUUCCGGACCACCCCCGAGUCCACGUGAGACAGAGAAUUAUUCAGAGAAUUUAAAUUAAAAAGAUAAAAUUUGGAAUAAACUAGCCCCCCCGCCUCUUCCUGGGAGGGGGUGGCCAUUGCCGCGGAGACGGUGACUGGGGCUCGGGUGGGGGGGGUUCGAGGGAGCGGGCGGGGAAACGGGGGAAGUUGGGGGAGACAGGGUGUAAUUAGCCCCCCUGGAGACAGAGGUGGAGGGGAGAGAAG